AUGGAUGAGCUUUUGGCCAAGCACCGCAAAGAACAAAAAGACCUGCAAGGGCGCAUCACUCAGAAGAAAAAGUCCGCCACCAAGAAGACCCGCAAAGGUGUCAAUGAUGAUUGCGAGCGGAUGCAGCGCGAGCUCACCGAGAAACAACAGGCGGAGAUUGCAGAGUUGAACGGAGAGUCUACAGAAUCAGUCGAGGAUGCUCUCGAAGACCUCAGCCUCGAAGAUGGGACGCCAGCAGAUGGCGAAUUGAACGAAGACAAGACUACGUCGACACCCCAAGCUCCCGAAAAUAACCAAACUGUUCCCCCUGAAGAGCCUACCACGAGAAACAAGAAGCCCAACCGUCAAAAAGCCCGUCUCGCCCGUCGUGCAGCCGAACAAGCCGCUCAGUCUGCAGCGGCGGCUGAAGAGGCCGCCAACCAAACAAAUUACAGAGGCAACGAGCAAGAAGUUAUGGACGCGGUCUUUAAGAAACUUGGUCUGAGGGAAGUGGAAGUGACCCCCGAUGGACACUGUCUCUACUCCGCCGUGGCCAAGCAACUGGACGAGUCCGGAGUCGGUCUGCGACCAGACCCAAGCCGAAUUGUGCUUUCAUCGUCAACCCAAACACGCAUCGAUACCGUCGCAUCACCACAACACGACGGAUACCGUGCCGUCCGUGCCGUAGCGGCAGACUUUAUCGCGGAACACAAGGAGGACUUUGAAGCGUUCAUGGAAGAGCCGCUGGAAGUCUACACUCGGAAGAUUAAGCUCACUGCUGAGUGGGGUGGCCAGCUGGAGCUGCAGGCUAUUUCCCGGGCCUACGGAGUGGAUAUCAACGUGGUACAGAAGGAUGGGCGAUUGGAGAAGAUUGAGUGUGGCGAUAUGGACAGCUUCGAUGAGGAGGAGCAACGCAAGCGCGUGGUCUGGCUGGCAUACUACCGACACACCUACGGAUUGGGCGAGCACUACAACGCUCUCUUCAAGAAAGACUGA